AUGAUCGAAUCGAACAUUUUAGAAGUGAACACAGAUGACAAAGUCAGUCUUACUGUGAAAAAUUUAACAGUAGGAGUCAAGAAUAGUGACAAGAAGACCGAUGAUGUAGAAGCAACAGGUGAAUCUAAAGGCGGUAAAAAGAUUUUGGAUGAUGUUUCAUUUCAGUUGCAAAGCGGCGAGUUGAUGGCUAUAAUGGGUGGUUCAGGAAGUGGAAAAACCACAUUGUUGAACACUCUCUCGCAGAGAACCAAUAUUAAGAAUAAUGACCUAUCUUUUUCUGGGUCGGUCGAAUACAUAGUAGGCGAUAAAGGGAAUACUAAGAGAAAAGUCAGGAAUGCAUACUUAUUACAAACUGAUAUCUUUUUGCCAGGAUUGACAGUGUACGAAACAUUAAUGUUCCAAGCAGACUUAAGAUUACCUCCCACAGCAACGAAAUAUGAGAAAGAAGAAUUAGUAAAUUCGUUAUUGACUACAUUAGAAUUACAACCAAUACGUGACGAAACUAUCCUGUCAUUUUCCACUUAUAGUACUAACUUAUCUGGGGGAGAACAAAGAAGAGUGUCAUUGGCGAUUCAGUUAUUGAGUAAGCCAUCUAUGUUAUUUUUGGAUGAGCCCACAACAGGUUUGGACACGAGUAGUUCGUUGAAGCUUUUGCAAGUCUUAAGAAAACUUGCAUCUCCAGAAUUUGGUAUCACUAUUAUCUUAUCUAUCCAUCAACCAAGACUGGAAAUCACUGUUUUGUUUGAUAAAAUAUGCUUAUUAACGAGGGGUGGCAGGGUUGUAUACUUUGGUAGCUUGAUUGAUAGUGGUAGUUAUUUCGCCUCCGUGAGAGAUGAAAAUGGUGAGCAAACGGAGAUGAAAUCAUCUAAUUUUGUGGAGUAUAUUAUGGACUUAUCUGUCAAAGAUACUUCGUCUAAAGAGAUGGAAAAUAUUACUUCUAGAAGAAUUGACAAUUUAGUCGAAUCGUGGAAAGCAUACUCUAAUACAGAAGAAAAUAAAGAGAUGUUGUCUUCGAAUGAAGUAAAGAAGCUCUUUGAGAAAAACAUUAAGUUGUUUGAUAAAGGUAAGGAAGACAGAAUUUCUUUUUUACAGGAAAUCAUUGUUCUGACUAGAAGAACAUUCCUUUUAUCAUAUAGGGAUACGGCUUCGUUAUUUGCUAUCAAUUUUGUAUGUCUUCUCUUAGCAAUCGCUUGUGGUUGGAUGUUCUAUAAACCAAAACCUGAUUUGGCGGGUAUUAGAUCUAUCACUUCAAGUCUUUAUGUUAUGUUGGAAAUUAUUGGUUUUUCUUUCAUGUUCAUUGAAAUAGAGAGAUUAUGGGCCGCCGAUGGUACAUUUUUCUUCCGGGAAUACAAUGAAAAUUGCGUCAGUAUUACUGGGUUUAUUAUUUCUAGAAGGUUAGGAAAAUUCUUAUUAGAGGAUUUUCCAAUAUCUGUUCUCUUUGCAGUGAUAUCGUAUUUCAUGUGGGGAUUAAGAUUAACUAACGAAGAGGGUAACAAUGACGCUUCUUAUUUUUUUAUCUAUUUUGCAAUUACACUUUUGACUGAAUUUUGUGGAAUGGCAACAGCUAUGCUUGCAUUUUCCCUUUCAAUGGAUUUUUCAAUUUCAGCGUUGAUUCUAAUGGUUAUAUAUCAAUUACAAAACAGUGCAUGUGGUUAUUUUGUUAAUGCUGCAACAAUGCCUGUUUAUGUGAGGUGGACAAAAUACAUUGCCUACUUCUGGUAUGCGUUUGGUGCAUUGACUGCUAACCAAUAUACAAAUUGGAUGGGUGAAUGCCCAUAUGAUGAUGCUGAUAGCAGAUGUGAGGAAUACUCUGGCAAUUACCAGUUGGGUGUUCUAGGGUUCCCUCAAGGAUGGAUUACUGAACCAAUUUGUAUUUUAUUUGCCUGGGUUGUUGGAUUUUAUAUCUUGACUGGACUUGCCUUUCGCUUCAAGAAUCGUGAUCUAGCUGUGGCAAAAACUAAGGAAAAUACUAUUGGUGGUGAAGAAGAGAAUGAGGAAGGGAAUGAGGCAGAGAGCAAUGUCAAGUUUGAAAAUACUCGUUUACAGAAAAAUGAUAAUUCCGCUCAAAGAGAUCUUGAAAAGGCCUCAUUAGUAUCGACUGAUCAAGAUAUUCAUAUUCAUAUACAGAAUAUUAGCUUGUCUGUUGUACUUCAAGAAAACAAAUUUAUGAUAAUAAGGAAAAUAAGCGGCGAGCACCAAUUAUUGAACAACGUGUCUGCCCAUUUCAAGGCCAAUAAGGUCAAUGUUAUCAUGGGUCCUUCUGGUGGAGGUAAAACUACAUUAUUGAAUUUUCUUUCUAACAGAUUAUCAAAAAAUUCCAAAUUUAGAUCUAAUGGAAAUAUCAGGUUGAACGACUCCCAAUAUAUCACGAAUAAGGAAUUAUCUCUGAUAUCUGCAUAUGUAUCUCAACAGGAUAAUUCUUUAAUAUCUAGUUUAACAGUUCGGGAAACAUUAUAUUAUCAAGCAAAGUUAAGAAUUUCUCACGAAGAUCAUCAUAAAAUCCCAGUAAUUAUUAACACAUUGAUUAGAACUAUGGGCUUAAAUGAUUGUGCAGAAACUUUGGUUGGAUCAGAGUCUGUUAAGGGUAUUUCUGGUGGGGAAAAGAGAAGAGUUUCGAUUGCGAUUCAAUUGUUAAGUAAACCUAAGAUUCUUUUUUUGGAUGAGCCUACUUCAGGUCUUGAUUCAACUACUUCAGUUUCCGUUCUAGGUUUAUUGGAUAAUCUUGCUGAAGUUUAUGGCACAACUGUAAUUAUGACAAUCCAUCAACCAAAUGAAGACAUGUUCAAUAAAUUUGGAUCUGUCUUAUUACUAGCUAGGGGUGGCAGACCAGUUUUCAAUGGGAGCACAAUAUCUAUUAAGAAAUAUUUGGCUGAUGCAGGAUAUCCAUUACCAAAUGAUAAGAACAUUGCCGACCAUAUUUUAGAUGUAGUCUCUCAAAGCUUGGAAGAAGAUAAUACGGCUACUCAGUCAAGAAUUAACUAUUUGGUUAAUAGAUGGGAAAUGAAACAAUCUUCAAAUACAAAUUCUGUAUUAGUUAAUGAAACAAUCGAUCUUGAGAAAUACCAACAUAAGAAGCAACCUUUCUUUGUGACUUUUCCAGUCAUUACUAAACGUCAAUUUAUCAAUUCCGUGAGGUCUAAAGAUGUUUUGAUCGCAAGAGCUGGGCAGACUAUAUUCUUGACUAUUGUACAUACAUUAUAUUUUGCGCCGUUAAGAAAUACAGAAGAAGGUGUAAGCAAUAGAUUGGGUUUGAUACAGGAGGUAUUAAAUUUAUAUUUUAUUGGUUUUUUUAACAACGUCACCUUAUACCCAGUAGAAAGAAGUCUUUUCUAUCAAGAGUACAAAGAUGGAAUAUAUGGCCCAUUGGAAUUCAAUUUAUCAUACUUAUUAAAUGAAUUACCAACCGAAAUUAUUCCGUGUUUGUUCUUUGCCGUAUUGCUAGUUUUUGGAGUCGGUUUACCGAGAACACCGGGAAUGUUUUUCAGUAUGUUCUUUACUGGUUUUGUAUCGAUUAAUUGUGGUGAAUCGUUGGGAAUACUUGUUUCAAGUAUUUUCACGCAUCUCGGAUUAGCCAUUAAUAUUUUAGCGUCCGUGAUUGUUAUUGCUAUCUUCAUGGGAGGUACUAUGUCGUUACAUAUGCCUGAGUUUUUCAAAGCAUGGAAUUAUAUCAAUCCAAUGAAAUACGCGGUUGGAACUUGUGCAAAAUUAGGUUUCGAGAAUCAACAAUUCGAAUGUGCUUUAGGCACUUGUACGUUAGAUACUGGUGAUAAUGUCUUAGAAUACUAUAACUUGGACAUUAAUUUAGGUGCUUACUUUGGUGGAUUAGUUGCCUGUUUAAUAAUUUAUAGAUUGGUUGCAAUAGGAUCAGCCUACGCCAGGCUAAAGCUUUGCGUUUAG